AUGGCCAAUAUGGCGGCUGAUCAUUAUGAAGGAUUAUUUGAAGCACCCGUAGUGAUGCGUCCACACCCGUAUGUCGAUGCUCCUCUAGUUCAAUGGGAAAAUGCAGCUGAUCUGAUACCGAUGGUUACAUAUCCAGAAAUAUUAAAUAUUUUACGUUCAAGAAAGAAAAAACAGUCUCUUGACAUUCAUGGACUUUCACCAUUUAUACUAGAUAAAAUACCUCAAAACUAUUGGCAUCUUCUGGUAAAAUUAUACAACUAUUCUUUUACUGAAGGAUACAUUCUAAAGAAAUUUAAAGAAGUUAGAAUGAUACUACUAGCAAAGAAAAAUGCGGCGUGCACUCCGGAUCAAACUAGACCAAUCUCGCUGCUCGACUCUUUUCUGAAAGUACAAGAGAAAUUAUUUCUUAAUCGAUUCAAAAAAAUCUUAAACGACCGUGGUAUUUUACCAGAUAAUCAAUCGGGAUUUCGCGCUGGAUUUAGAUUACAAACACGUGUACUGCUGCUCAUCGAACAGAUAUCAUCAUACAUGUCAAACAGUUCUCCAACUUCGACUGUCUUUGUAGAUUUUAAAUCGGCGUUCGAUCAGUUAUGGUUCGAAGGAUGUCUUGGGAAGCUUACAAGGAUGGAAAUUCCGACUGCCUUUGUCAAUUGGAUUCGAGCUUGGCUUAGUGAUCGUAAAGCAGUGAUUGAAGUGCAGGGCAAUCCUUCAAGAUGGAUCAAUAUUAAUCGUGGUGGUCCCCAAUGCUCUAGUGUUACACCGACGUUAUUUAUAACAUAUCACAGAGAUAUGGCUGAUUUUAUACCAGGUGCAAUGUCCUUCGUCUUUGCUGAUGAUUUGGCAGCAGUUAUAGCCGGUCAAAUAGGAAUCAGAUUUACAGAUCAAUGCAUAGAUUUGGAACGCCGCUUACACACCUUUUUUGAGCAACUCGAAUUCUAUGCAAUACUAGAUAUACAACCGAUUAAUUAUUCUAAAGCACAAGUCAUGUUCUCAGCAAGAGCGGUUUGCUAUCCGAAUCCCCUACCUCAAGUGCAUUGUGGUGACCACAAAGUGGAAUGGAUCCCCUCAUUUAAGUACUUGGGUUACUGA